UCUUUGGUGAAGCAGCAAAAGAUAACAUCACUACAAAAAUGCGACGGUCACAUAGAAAGGAGAGAAGUCCUGGAUCUGUUGAAGAUGAAAUGGAGUCUGAAGGAGAUUUGUCAGAUUCAGGAGGUACUCAGACUAGUUCUCAUCAAGAUUUGCGAUCCUCAAUUCGGUCAAGUUUGAAAAAAAUAAAAACUCCGAUUGCUUUUGCAUUCAGUGCAGUCAGCUCAUCCUUGCCAAACCCUGGCCUCCAACUUUUGGACCAUAGAGUCAUUGGUCUACCACUCUCCCCCGAUGAUGCCCAGAAAAUAAUUUCGUUAGCCAGUCCAUCUCCUUUUGGAAAAAAAGAAGAAACUUUAGUUGAUGAGUCAGUUCGGAGAUGUUGGGAGCUACAGCCAUCUCAGUUUUCCUUAAAAAAUCCAGAAUGGGGUGAAGCCAUGUCUAUAAUGCUAGACUCGGUCAAGACAGGCCUUGGUAUCUUAAAGGGAACAGGGAAGAUCUCCGCAGAACUAAACAAGCUUCUUUUGUAUGAGCCAGGAGCUUUCUUUAAGGCCCACACAGAUAGCGAGAAAGGGCCAGGUAUGUUUGCCACCCUCGUGGUAUGCUUGCCCUCGCCUCAUGAAGGAGGGAAGCUCGUUUUAACCCAUGACAAUGAAAAGUAUGAGUUUGAGACGGCAUUAUCCUCUAAUUUCAGUACAUCUUAUGCUGCAUGGUAUGCAGACAUUUGUCAUGAAGUAUUACCGGUAACGUCUGGGUAUCGCCUUAUGCUCACUUAUAAUCUUAUCUGGACUGCUGACUCCAUUGAGCCUUCACAUAAUAUUGCCCGCGGGCAUGUCCAGCAACUUUCCACCUUACUUCAACAAUAUAAUUCACAACUUGAGAGUGAAGAAAAUGAAUUGCCUCCAAUUUUAUUACAUAAAUUGUAUCACAAAUACACAAAAGCUAAUCUACAGUUUAAUCUCUUAAAGCCAAGAGAUUUGGUCCAAGUCCAAAUACUCUCAGAGCUAUCUGCUAAAGUUGGAUUUAUUAUCUACCUCGCAACUUUGGAGUUAACAGUCGAAAAAGACGAAGAAUGUACUGAUUAUGAAGAGAAAUCUCAACAGUUGGAAAACAUUGUAGAUCUUGACGGCAAACUUGUUGUCGAGGAUUUUGAUUACCCAGAAGGUGCUUUUCUUGAUCCAAAGCCACAAGAUGGAAGAAAAGCAGAUGAAGUACAUCGUCAAGGUUGGACUGGAAAUGAAGGUUGCCCAGUUACAUAUUGGUACAGAGACACCGUUGUUGUACUUGUACCUCCUGCAAAACAGCUGGAAUUUACUUUCCAUUUCAGUUCUAAGGGGAAAGUUAUUGAGCCACUGUUUUCCAAGCUCAUAAAAACAUUUUCUGAGGAUGCAGCUCAAAAACCGAAAUUGGAAAAACUUUGUGAGCUAGCUUUGAAACAAAAGUUAACUUGGCUUGAUUGUCCGUACUAUUCAACAUCGCAGAGCCAUUCAGAUUUUGAAAAAUUUUUAGAGAAUACUCCUCUUUUCUUCAAACAAGCCGCAACUACUGCUCUAAAUUUUGGCUAUUUUGAACUUUUUGACAUAGCAAGUAAAAGGACAAAUGACAAAAUCAUGCUCAUGCCUGAUAUUCCUCAAAAAUUAGGUCGUUGGGUUGCUUCCAAAGGCUUCACUACUAUGAAGGAUCGACUAAUGAAAGGAAUUAAUGUUGCACCCUCCAUUUCUGAAAAAGUCAAAUUUUUAGAAUCGGUUAUGAUUGGUUUUGAGGCAAAUUUGCAAGAUUCAAGUUCCACAGAAAGCUUUGACCUAAAACAAUGGUCAGACACUGCAUUAUUCUCAGCUAUUUCUCAACUUAGUACACUUUCAAAAGCUGAUGGAGUAUCACUCGGGAAACUCCAUAGAACUACGGACUGGUGUCUGUUCAGAUCGAGCUCAAUGCCAAUCAUAGAAAGAACUGAGACUGUGGUAAAAAUAGCCUUCACAAAUGAAUUCAUGUCAACUUUCCAGCAUGACCUCAAUCAGGAACAGAGAUCAUUCAUUGAACCUAUUAUCUGCAGCAUCUGGAGAAAUUUUGCUUUUGACUCUUCGCAGUCCAAGUCAGUGUCGAACAAUGCCCAUAUCAAAGAUAUGGUCAAAGAAAAUGACUUGCUUCACAUUUUGGAAAAUACUAUCACAGUCUUACCUCCUGAAUAUCUUGAGACUGCAGUCAUACCAGCUCUGCUAAAUGCAAUUCCCAGUUCCUCAAAAGAGUGUGCGCGUGAAGUGUUUAUUGAGGUAGUGCGCAUGAUCAUUAAAAACGAGCUAGCAGGCUUCAAACUACCAACUGCUGCUUCGGUUCCACCAGCCUUGCAUAAAGUUUUUGUUCAAGCUCUUUUGGUAAAAUUUUUGAUCGAAAACGUUGGUUUAGAACCCAAAGCACCAAAGGAUUGGUCCCUGCCAGCCGGCUCAUGUAAUUGUUCUGACUGCACAAAGGUGAAUAAUUUUUUACGAAAUCCUGUUCAGCAAAGUCUAGAUUUUCCUUGUGGGAAGCAACGAAGACUUCAUCUUCAUCAGCAAUUCACCAAUGUUAGUAAAGCUACUUAUGACGUGGUGACUGUUCGUCAGCGGAAUCCUAAUGUCUGGCGAAUCACUAAACAUCGCCGUGGUUACGAAACGUCAAAAUCUAACUGGUUGAAGAACACAGAAACAGCUGUCGAAACGUUCGCCAAGUUGAAAAAUGAUGAAUCUGUGAACGGUAAACUUGAAAUGUAUUUGCAACCGUACUACAGUAUAAUAAUGAAAGCAAGUGUCAAAGAACUUCCAGACCUAAAGCACUUGGUCUCAACACAAGAGACAAGUAAAAAUGUUUGUCUUGCUCACAAUUCUGAAAUUAGUCAGGCUGAUUUCAAAGGUCUCAAAAGAGGUAUGGAUGAAAUUGACCCGCAAAAUCAUGGAACUGCCAAGCGCACCCGAGAAUUUGAUGGUACAGAAGUUUAGCCGGACUCAAUUGGUUGAAAAUAGUCUCUAUUUUUUAGUUUUUCUAAGUAUUUCUCCAAAAAGUAUAUUUUUUUCUUAUUAUCCUCUUUAAGUGUUCAGUUAAAAGAAAUUAAAACUUAAGUACCCAUACAAAAGAAUUGGAAUGGAAUUAACUGAGUAAUGUUUUGAACUAAUUUUGGCUUCAAAGUUGUCAAUAUUGCUCAUUCUUUUCAGUGCUUUUUUCUACAGAAAUUUGAUUGUGCCUUAAUUUAGUCGGUCCACUCACUAUACCUACCCGGUGAGAGCUUGAGGAAGUGGUCUCAUAAAUGUGUCCCAGUGUUAUUUUUGUCUGUAACGUCGCAACAAACAUUUCCACAACUACCUCUGCCAAGUGGGGUUUUCCUUGUUAAGUUUAUCAUAAUUUAAGAUUUUUCUUUUCCUUUUGCCACAACAAAUCCAAAAUCUAAACCAAAUGUUUGAAGUAAUCUACCUUUCAAUUCAAAGUUUUCUAAUCCUUGUGUUCAGUACCAAUUAUUCUUUCAUCCUAUAUCUUUAUGAUCACAGCAUUGCAAGUCUUGUCUUACCUUUUUAGUCUUCAAUUGACCUCUCAAAAAUCAGGCAGAAUACAUAGUUCAUAACUACUCUCAAGUGGUUUGAAAGAUAUUUUGCUGUCGAAAUAAAUUUCAACUAGGCCAAAAAAUUCAAGCAAGUGACUAAAAUUUUUACAGCAUGUUUUAUCCACUAUUUUUCCCGUACCCAUAAAGAUUUUGUACCAAUUUAAAAUUACCUACUCAUAGGCAUUUGCAAGCUUCCCCCAAAUAGCCCUUCAUUUUUUAGAUGUAUGCACUUACUCCUCAUGCUCCGUACUAAAUGUCACUAUUUAGUUGUAAUUUUGUAAAAUUUUCAAUGUUAGAAAUAAGUGAAGUUUGAAAGUAUUAAGAAUAAUUCUGAUUUUCACUUUCUUGUUAAGUAUCCAUGUAAAUGUCUCCUUUUUUUUUUCAUUUGUUUAUUUCUUUCACCUUGAAGACUUUUUAGCUAACUUCUGAAUUUUUUGAAACAGGCAUACCUCAUUUAAAAUCUCCUUUUCCUCCUUGAAAUUGUACCAGGUCUUCAAUGUCAAUCGCUGGUAUCAUGAGGUCAUCCAUAUUUUUUCAAUAAUUUCUUCUCCCACGCACUACUUAAGAUUUUCUCUCUACUUUUAUUAUUUGUAUUUCCAUAAUUUUUCUGUGUUAACAGUUCUAAAUAUAUACUUUUUGAUAAUGAAA